GCCUGUUUCUCUGGAAAUCCUGCCAUAGUCCAGCAGCUCAUCGAUUACGGUGCAGAUCUGGAUGCGCGAUUUCCUGUGAAUGGAUCUGCCUUGCACAUGUCAAUAAUACACGGGCAUAGAGAUGUCUUGAAACUCCUACUAGACAAUGGUGCAAAACCAGACGUCCACACUCAAACGACGUACAGUCCACUACAAGCGGCCGCUGCCUCAGGCUCUGAAGAUAUGGUAAGGCUACUUCUAGCUGCUGGUGCAGAUCCG